GAAAACUUUAGACACUUCACUUCUAUAUCCUUCCAUCCUUCCCUCUCUUCGUUCACUUACCCCGCGGUCCCCUGCUGUCCAGUCGUUGCCGGUGUGCGUGUGGCUGAGAUCCGUCGCCGAUCUGUCGAAUCGCGGCUCCUUCGUCCUCCUCUGUUUCACAGUACCGAAGCCCUUCUUCCUCCUCUGUCAUCCGUUUCUCCUCGGAUUGUAGCAGCGGUGCUGAAGAUUCUUCCCUCUACUCCGCCGCCGUCGACUGUGAGUUGGGUGGAGCUCGUCUUUUCUUCCUCUUCCGUCUCCGUUCUUGCCGUGGUGUGGGGCGUCGGACGCUCUCCUUCUUCGACCUCCCUGUUGAACGCCGCAGACUUCUUCCUCUUCUCUGUUUCGUUGUCUUUGAACUGAGUGAUGCUUGGUAUUUUUUGGGGGGGGUGGCGGCACUCAACUACCUCCCUGAGGAUUGAGGUUUCUCUGUAAAUCUUGCACUUCCAAUCCAACCUAUAAGAAUUUCAAAGGAUACUCAAAAAUCUCUUUUGGGGUAUUUGGACGAACAACGGAUGCUCAAUUUUGAUUUCUCAAAGUAAAUGCUAUUUUCUACAAAGCUCAUCCACUACCUCCGCACGAACUCCACCUCACACCCCUUUUGGCGUCACCGCCUCAAAAACCUAACCACUGCCGCCACAACUACCACCGCUAAUGCCCCUUCCAAAGAUGAUUACUUUGCCGCCAUACACCACAUCUCAAACAUCGUUCGGCGAGAUUUCUACAUGGAGCGAACCCUCAACAAGCUCCAAAUCUCCGUCAACUCUGAGCUCGUCUUUCGUGUUCUUCGUGCUUGCUCUAACUCCGGCACUGAGUCGUUUCGCUUCUUCAAUUGGGCUCGAUCCUACAAUCCUUCGUACCAACCUACAUCAGUGGAAUUUGAAGAGAUGGUCAAGAUCCUUGCUCGCGCCAAGAAAUAUGAGACCAUGUGGAAGAUUGUUCAACAAAUGAAAACCCAGAAUUUGAGUUUGUCUCCUGAGACCGUCUCCUUCAUCAUUGAAGAGUAUGGCAAGCAUGGCCUCGUGGACCAAGCUGUCGAGAUCUUCAACAAGUCUAGGAAAUUCAAUUGCCCACAAAGUGUGCAGGUACACAAUUCUCUGCUUUUUGCACUGUGUGAGGUGAAAAUGUUUCAUGGGGCAUACGCAUUGAUACGUAGGAUGAUAAGGAAAGGGGUGAAUCCUGAUAAAAGAACUUAUGCUAUUCUAGUGAAUGCUUGGUGUUCAUCUGGGAAAAUGAGAGAGGCUCAAGAAUUUUUGGAGGAAAUGAGCAAGAAGGGGUUUAAUCCCCCAGUGAGAGGUCGUGAUCUUUUGAUUGAAGGAUUGUUAAACGCUGGCUAUUUUGAAUCAGCCAAAGAAAUGAUGAGAAAAUUGAUUAAGGAAGGGUCUGUACCUGAUGUAGAAACCUUCAACACUUUGAUAGAAGCAUUGUCUAAAUCUGGGGAGGUUGAGUUUUGUGUAGGUCUUUAUCAUGAAGUGUGUAAACUUGGUCUUGCACCAGAUAUUAACACUUACAAGAUCCUCAUUCCUCCGGUGUCAAAAUUGGGUUUGAUUGAUGAGGCAUUCAAACUCUUGCAUAAUUCAGUUGAGGAAGGGCAUAAGCCAUUCCCUAGUUUAUAUGCACCAAUAAUUAAGUCACUCUGUAGAAGGGGUCAGUUUGAUGAUGCAUUUUGUUUCUUCGGUGAUAUGAAGGUGAAGGGACAUCCCCCUAACCGUCCUGUGUAUACAAUGAUGAUAACCAUGUGUGGUCGUGGAGGCCGGGUUGUUGAUGCCGCAAACUAUUUGGUGGAAAUGACAGAGCUGGGAAUGACGCCGAUAUCUCGGUGUUUUGACAUGGUUACUGAUGGACUGAAGAAUAUUGGGAAACAUGAUUUGGCUCGGAGAAUAGAGCAGCUGGAAGUUUCUCGUCGCGGCAUCUGAUCCUUUGAAGUGCAGUGAUUCAAUCGAGCUAAGGAGAUAGAAAGGGCAAGAGGGCAUGCUGGUUAUUAUGCAUGAAAACAUCAAAUCUUGUGGUGUCACAAAAGCAAAGUCCAUGUCCAUAUGAGUGUGUGCUUCCAAGCUUAUGACAAACAUGUGAAACUUGCCAUAGUUUGGUGGUAAAUUUUCUUGACACUCUGAACUAUACGUAAAGACUUGAAGUUUUGUCAUUCACAGUUUGUAUUCAUUCUUUCUAGCUUGUAACAGGCAUGUAUUAGAAUGUAUUGAAAGGUCCCAAAUUGAUUAACUAAAGAAUGAAUUGAAGGUAUACACUGUUAAAGUAA